AUGCGUUUCUCCAUCAUCAUGAUCCUCGCUAGUGCCUAUGCAAGCGGAUCUCUCGCCGGCACCCUUGAGAUCAUUGAUAUUGAUGGUCAAUGCGCGAUAUGGUCCUAUGACAACCAUGGCUGCACGGGAUCUUCGGAAUUCUUUAGCAAACUUGACGGAGAUGACUGUGCAAAUUUGCGCGUCAAGACCGGCACCCCUCAAGGUUACCCUGUGAGUGGCGUGGGGGCUUGUGGCACGAAAAAAAAUUCGUCAGUUGCAUGGAUUGAGGUGGAACAUACUGGCCUGGUCAGCUUCUUCAAUUACCAAGGCGACAAGUCGGCAUGUACAUUGGACAACGGACUCAAGCAUGGCAGCCGAUGUAUUGCUACUGACACGAUAUCCUCCACCAAGGCGUCCUCCGCUUUGACGACACCGAGGUCUUCGUCAUCAAUCUCGGAGUCAUCGUCGACUACCUCCCAGACCGCACCUUCUUCUGAUUGUUUCGCGGAUUGA